AUGUUUGUGUGUGUUGCGCAGAGAACUCGAGCGCAGCAGAUCGUUCCCUGCACUGUGUGCCAGCUGAUGUCUGCGGUGCAGGCGGAGGACGUCUUUAAAGUGGGAGAGGUAGAGAUCGCACAGGUAACUAUUGUUGGUGUGAUCAGAAGCACUGAUAAAUCCACAAUCAACAUCCAGUAUAAGGUGGAUGACAUGACGGCGGCUCCCAUGGAUGUGAAGCAGUGGAUCGACACAGAGAAUAACCGGUCUUUGGUUGCGUUCAGCGUGCGAGUGCUGGAGGAUAUGAAUGAAGUCACUUCACACAUGCUGGAGGUUGUGAACGCUCAUGUGCAGCAGAGCAAACCACAGAAGACGAUGGGAGGAGGCGGAGGAAUGAACGUGAUGCCUAGCAUGAGCAGCAUAGGCUCCACAGGAAGCUAUUCUGGCGCUGGUAUGAUGCUAGUCAAUGUUAGUUUGAGUGUCAACCAGAACCAAGUUUUGAGUCUGAUCAAGAGCUGUCAUGAGCCUCAAGGCAUCAGCAUGCAAGACCUGAAGCAGAAGCUGAGCAGCAUGAGCGUCACAGUCAUCAGGCAAAUUGUGGAUUUUCUCAGCAACGAGGGACACAUUUUCUCCACCAUUGAUGAGGACCACUUCAGAUCAACAAUGAAGUCUAAUUACCUUUUUUUGUCAGAUUGCCUUAAUAAGCCCAUUUCUUAUCUACAUAUAUAUAUAUUAGGGGUGUGA